AGGGGGCGCGCCCGCAUUAAAGCAGCGCGCUGUUCAGCGUUGAUGUGUCGCAGAUUUUAAAAACUGAGGCAGGAGAACGGCAGGAGUUUCUGUGCAAGGGGAUGCGCACAACGCUUUGCGGAAAAAAACAAGAACACUCAGAGGGAGCCGUGGAAAAACACCUUGCGCGCUUUUUUUUUGCAUUCGUCCGUCCUCCUUUAACUACUUAUUCCCGCACGUUGGGAAGUAAACUAGCAGGGAUCCAGUUGCGUCCCGUUUGGAUCGCCGCGAUGGAGCUGAUAUCAAUUGGAGAGCAAGUGUUCGCCGUUGAGUCAAUUACAAAGAAGAGAAUCAGAAAGGGUAAUGUGGAGUAUCUACUGAAAUGGCAGGGAUGGUCCCCAGAGUACAGUACUUGGGAGCCAGAAGACAACAUUUUGGACCCUCUUUUGGUCUUGGCCUACGAAGAAAAUCAGGAGAAGGUCAGAUCUCUGAGCUUUCGAAAGAAAGGUCUCAGACCCAGAAAGCUGGUGCUGCGGAACAUCUUUGGUAUGGACCUCCGGAGUGCCCACAAAGAUAAUGAGAAGCCCCCGCCCCGCCUGCGCUUGUCCCUCACCAGAUCCAUGAGCACAGACGUCGAGCAGGUGUUUCGGCGCCCAGCUAGGAGGAGGAUCAGACAGAGAGUGGCCAAAGCCUUCCCAAAACACUCCUCCAACAAGCCCAUCCAUGAGCAGAAGAUGAGAGUGGAGCCGGUGGAGAAGGAUUGGGGUGAGGAGGACAAACCUGGAUGUGAGAGCACCAUUGAGGAGAGAUGUGAAGACAGCUCGUAUGGUCAGUCAGAGUGCAGCUCACCUCAGUUCCUGGAGGAACAGGACAUAGACAUGGAGGUGGAGGUGGAGGAGAAAGCUGUCUGCCCAGAUAUGUGGACCGACGGACCAGACGGAGGAGUCUUUGACACCAGUUGGAGACAAACACACACACAUGCACAUGAGCAAUCAAAGGACAACACCUUGGCAUCUGAAGCCAAACAGGGAGACGUUUCCCCAUGCAGCAAGUCAGACUGGGGAGAGGUGAAAGGUGAGGAAGUCUGUUCAGAAUGUCCAAAAGUGGAGAAGAAGAAUGCAACCUCAGUGAUAGUGAGGGUCCAGGGCUGUGGCAAGACGAUGGGUGACGCCGUCUCCGUCUGCUCCGACUCUGAGCUGAAGAAAGAUGAAGUGAGAAGAGACAGUCAGAGCGUCAUCGUGACUGCAUUGGACCGUCCAAAAGUUCCUACCGAACCGCUGCAUCCCGAGAAAGUGAUUGUGACGAACGUGACUGUAAACUGCCUGACGGUGACUUUCCAAGAAGCCAGGGGUGCCGAGGGCUUCUUCACCGGCUGCUGAACCAAGACAGGGAAACCCAGAGAGGGAUCAACAUAACCAUAGUUAGACUUACCGCUCAUGGUGAAGUAAAUAACACAAGCAAAUAGUGUCUGUAAGGUCAUUCCACAUGGUUUUAAAUGAGUUCAGUAAGACAUUGCCUUGGAAUAAAAGUGAGUGGUAAUCUUAUUAUUAUAGUGGCUCAUUUUUUGCGUGGGACAGGAAACAAUGCACUCCAGAUUAAACAAAUCUUAGUGGCAGAGUUUAUUCUUACAGCAGCGAGGUUUAGCCCCGCAGCAGGAGAAGACAGCUUCAAACAAGUUUACAAAACAACUCUGAUGCAGCUACUGUUCCCGUUGUCCUCAGUGCUUUCCAUCAAGAUGCGGCUCUGAGUCAGACCUGCUUCCACUCCACUUUUUUACACAAAAAAUUAUGUUUUUUGUAAAUGUUGCUCACUAUCUCGCACUGAGCUACCCGCAUGCGCCCAUCAGUCUGUGCCACACAUGCACGCAGCUCUGCCGUGCUUUGUCAGAGGGGUUUAUUUCUGUAACAAAAGAGAGAUCCAACAAAGACGGCGGAUUAAUGCCUUGUCCUCAGAUGGAGCCGUGCAUCUAAAGGAGGACGGACGCACAAAAGGAAACGCACAGUGGUGUUUGCUGUCUCUCUGUCCUUUAACUUUCCAAGUAUGAAAUGCUACCUGGUUCUAUUUUUGUAUUACCGAUUGAUAGUCCGCUCCUUUCACUGGCUUCUGUGCAUAUCAAAAGAGGAGAUAUCAAUUUAACACGUUGCUUCUGCUAUGUAGGUAAUGGUGCAAAUGGAAGCAAAUGUACUUUGAGUCAAACUGUAGUGAGCUGUUAUUUAUUGCAUGUCACUUGUAUAAACUAAUUUAUGUCUUUUGAUGUUUCUGAAUCUCUAACAAAGAUGGAUUGUCAAACAUUCUUCCGCUCACAAUAAAAGAAGAUUUCUAUUUGACUGCAUUUUCAAUAAAUGUGUAUUAAAAAUAA